AUGGCUAUGGACUCUCUCAAAGUUGGAAAGAAGGAACUAUGGCAAAUCUGGAACUACGGCAAAUCUAUGGUUCAAAAGGACAUUGAAGUCUUGCCUUCAUGUCUAAAUGGCCAAACCCCUCCAACAGGGGACUUCCGGUUAAACACACUUGUCUCAAGGCUAGAUUUCGUCACAGUGAACCAACCCGACAAACGACAUGGCAACUUACAAGCCCGGAACCGAGUCCUCUCUUCGACCCUCCCAACCCCGGUUUCUGCCCCUCCAGAUGUACCCACGUGCCCAACCUCAAUCCCUGAAUCACAGUUCGAGCCUAAUGCACCCCCAACUUCAUUCCCUGAAUUGCAGCUCAAGCCUAAUGAUGAAUUACAAGAUCAAAUUUUGGAAGAAGAACAGUGGACCAGUAAACCUAAGAGGAUGAGAAACACCGCAAACGCACUUAGCGAUGGAACAACAAAUUUUUCAAUAAAGACUCGCUUCAAAACCUUGGACACCAUUAUCAACUUGGCCACUCUGGAGGGCCGUGUCCUUGUCCUCAUCCUGGCCCGAAGAACUUCAUCGUUUUCAACAUCUCUGGCCCCCACUCUAUCUCCAUCGACUACUGUCAUUGCAGCAACCAACCACUGUCACCAUGGAACCAAUUGCUCUGUGAGAAAUGGUUUCCUGCAACACUUACACGACCCCAAACCGUCUUCACAUUCGACUGCCUCGAAACUUUCCAUGAACUCACUCUGCAAGGCAAGACAAGUCUCUAUGACUACUAUCAUACUCUCCUGCAACAAUAUGACAACGCUAAUCUCACUAAUCCAAUUUGGUCGAGGUCACAACCCAGGCAGUAUCGAUGCCACGGCAAAUGGAGAGUUGAUGGUGGAGUGUCCAGCAUGCCCUCACCCAGGUCAAAACCUCCCUGAUGACUGGGAGAAGGCCGGACCAUUGCUCUUUUUGUACACUCUCUUCAUUGCCGUGGAUGGCAAUUUCAAGCUCAAGGGGAAACAACGAUAUCUCAAGGAUGUAGAACUCAUGCCUGGUUGGGGGGCAUUUGUUCCAGAAGCCGAAUACAAAGCUCAUAUCACAAAUUAUGUCGAUGAGCCAGAGUGGUCAAAACACUUCCAGAAACGCAUGUCCGACUUCCCUGAAGAGAUGCAAAUCCCAGAGAGGACUCAAGUUGAGGUGGCAAUUCCAGGCUGGCACAUUUAUGGCCACAGAAAGUUAUUUCUGAAGCGCUUCAAAGAUGCCUUCACAAUGAGUGCGAAGCAAACACAAAAUUUCAACCAACUGUCGGCCACGUUCUCUCCGGGGGUUAUCAAGAAAUGGGAGGCGAUUAGUGUUUAA